GGCCAUCUUGGGUGCGGCAAAGUCCUCGCUUUCCCCCCGCCCCCUCUCUCCUUCCUGGCUUGUGAAAUCUUUUUGUGGGUUUCUCUUUCCCGCCCUCUCAGGCGAAGCAGUGAUUUGAGGACACCUGUGAAGUAAGGUAAGCUUGGGGAAGGUCUCCAGUGAGGAAGUAAGGCGGGUCUGAAAGAAGGCAGCUGACACGCCCAAGAUGGCGGCCGCCACCUUCGGUGCGUCGUACUGUACUUCCCACAUCGUACCCAUAUCGAGCUCCUGAAGGGGAACGACGCACCCAAGAUGGCGGUCGCGUCCUGAGGUCGCCAUCUUGGGUGUGGCGCGCACCCCUCGGACAUUGGUCCAAAGUUCACUUUCUUCAACCCGAUUCUGCUUUGAUCUGCUUUUUUACUUCGUAUUUUAGCCCCAUCGUCUUAACUCUGCUCCCAUUUUAAGGUUGGAGGGGUUGUUAGCAGCGACAAGCGUUUAGCCUCCUUUGCAUUGAUUUACCUACCUGUUUUCCUCCCUCCCUCUAAAUUGUAUUUUAAUUAGUUUUGUUCUUAUAUUCUUUUAUUGGCUUCGUUGUAAGCUACCUCUCGCACAGGCAAGGUAGGAUACAGGUUUGUUACUGUGCAGUAAUUAAAUAGAAAUAGCAUAGGUGAUGGCACCAUUCAAUAAAAGUUUACUCAGGAGUAAGCUGCAUUGAUCAGUUGGGCUUACUCAACAUCACGUAAUAGAUUAUAGCUUUGCACUCUUGUACAGCAUCAAAACCACCCCUUUCCUUCCCUGCAGUGACCCAGGUGGUUUUGUAUAAGGAAGAUGCCUCCCAAAAUUCAAGACAAGGGUUUGAAUCCUGCCAUGGCGGCCUGCGUCCUGGGGAUCGACUUGGGCACUUCAUCGGUGAAAACCAUCCUGCUGCAAGAGAUGGAGCAGGGACCCACCGUGAUCUCAAGCUGCGCCAGGGAAACCCGGGCUCAGGUGGAGAGCCCCAGUGCCGGGCCACAGGUGAAAGAGGAUGAGAUAAAUUAAUGGAAAUCAAUUGGGUGGUUAUUUGUCGUGAGUAGCCCAUGGAACCUUCAAGUGCAGGGGCAGUCUACCUUUGAAUACCAGCAGCACAUUGUGGGCUUCCCUAUAGCAUCCUGUAGGCUGUGGUGGAACACAGGUAAAGGUAAAGGGACCCCUGACCAUUAGGUUCAGUCGUGGCCGACUCUGGGGUUGCGGCGCUCAUCUCGCUUUAUUGGCUGAGGGAGCAGGCGUACAGCUUCCGGGUCAUGUGGCCAGCAUGACAAAGCUGCUUCUGGCGAGCCAGAGCAGCGCAUGGAAACGCCGUUUACCUUCCCGCCAGAGCUGUACCUAUUUAUCUACUUGCACUUUGACGUGCUUUCGAACUGCUAGGUUGACAGGAGCUGGGACCGAUCAACGGGAGCUCACCCCGUCACGGGGAUUUGAACUGCCGACCUUCUGAUCAGCAAAUUCUAGGCUCUGUGGUUUAACCCACAGCGCCACCCGCGUCCCUAGGUGGAACACAGGAGGCUAGACUAAAUCAACCUUUGGUCCGAUCUUGCAAGAUGGAUCAGAGGGACCUUUGGUUUGAUCCAGCGUUGCGUUCUCAAGAACAUUGGAAGCUGCGUUAUACUGAACCAGACCAUUGCUCCAUCUAGCUCAGUAUAAUCUUCAUUGACUGGUAUAUUGGCUCUCCAUGGAUUCAGGCAGGGAGUCUUCCCACCCUUGGCUGGAGAGGCCAGGAUUGAACCCGCGACCUUCUGCAUGCAAAGUGGAUGCUCUGCCACUGAGCUAUGGCCCUCCCCAAGUCCAUUGGGGUUCAGAGGAGGCUGUGGACUUAAGUUGCCACGCUUCUCCCCCUGCUAGAGCUCCUCUACAUUCAACAGCAGUUGAUCCAACUGAUAGAGCUCUUCUUCUAAAAUAAAUCUGGCAUGCCAAGAUGGGAGCUGCUUUGCUAUCACAGAAAGCAGGUAAAACUGCUUCCAAGCUUCAUUCCCUAUGGACUUUCUCUCUCUCUCUCUCUCUGCUCAUGCAGGGGAACGAGCAAGAUGUCCGCAAAAUUGUCGCUGCCUUGAAUGACUGCCUCGCCGGUCUCCCCCAGCAACUCCUGGGAAGGGUUUGCCGCAUUGGCGUUUCUGGACAAAUGCACGGAGUCGUGUUUUGGAAAACAGGUCAAGGUGAGAGAGCUGGUUUGCAGAAUCCUCCUUUCCAAAUCCAGCACCACUCCUUCCUCAACACUUCUGUGGUGGCAUCCUAUUUAAAAAUGCAAGCAUUAAAAAAAAAGAAUCAAAACUUAACAUUUUCAAGCCUAAUAUCUCCCUAUUCCCAGAUUCUAACAAAAUGGUGCAGGGGGAAAAACAACCCCAACCCCCAGGCAGAUUGAAGCUAAGAUUGUGUCUGAAUGAAUAAAAGCAAAGAUACUCAGGACUUUCCUUACACUGUAUUCGCAUGUGUGAAUGUGUGUGUGUACAUGUUCUCUGUUCUUUUUCCCUCUCAAAGUCAGGGCCAAGAUAGCAUUAAAAGGCACUGGAGAAAUUCACAGAGGGGAGGUUAAGGGCUGUUAGCAAUGAUAGUGUAAAUCAGGAGAUGAGAACCUCAGGCGCCCAGGGGCAAAUGUGGCCUGUCAGGCCUCUCCUUCCGGCCUGUGGGACUCUCCCUGGGCCACACGCCCUUUGCAACCAAGCACCUUACUGGUCUAGCUUUGCAUCCUCCUUGAAUGCUUUUGCCUGGCUUGAAAUCCAUCCUUGAACUCUGAUCAUGUCUCUUGCUUGCCUAGACAGAGGGAGGUGUGAAGAAGCAAGCCUGCUACUCCGCCCAUUUUUGCCUGUGGUCCCUCCCAGCACUGGUACCUGGCCCCCGGAAAGCAUCCCAGAAGGGCAUGUGGCCCUCAGAAUGAUAAAUAUUCCCUAGAGGAACCAUGAAGAUGUUGAUGAUAAUUUUUAUUAACCCAUCUGUCUGGGUUGCUCCUGCCACUCUGGGCGGCUUCCAACACGCAUAAAAAUAAUAAUAAUAAUAACAACAACAACAACAACAACCACAACAACAACCACCACCACCACCACCACCAAACAUUAAUAGUAGUAAUCAGAUCCUAUAUAAAAAGUCACAAUAACUUUAAAAUAAAGAACUUUUGUCAAAUAAAGCAAUAUUCAAGAAUCCAUUAGAAUCCAAUAGUAAACAGUACAAUUAAGCGCCAGCAAAUAAUAAACAGUUUACGCUUAUCAAUUACAAUAAAGAAUGACUAAUAAAUCAAUAAAAUCAAUAAUAGUAAAAUAACAGCAAUAAAAUAACAGCAAAUCACAAUGCAUAAAAUGCCAGAAAAUGUACAAAACCACGUAGAAGGACCAAACUGAGAAACAAGGACCCACAACUUGUAAAAUUAUUUUUAAACACUAUCCCUGAACUCCUCUCUUCCCAGCUGCUUGUGCUGUUCUCAAAGCCAUGGUCUGGGACCGGAGGGGCAAGGCAGGUGGAGAAGCCACUGCCUGCAGAAAGUCUCUCUCCCAUCAGAAAGGCAGAUCGGGUUGUGGGGACUGAUUUCCUGAAAGAAUUAGCUGCUUCUUGUCAGAGAUGAAUGUGGUCUUUAAUGGCCUAGCAGGGUUCCCAAGCGAUUUUAUUCCUGGAAUGCUAAAGCAAUCAGAAAUGGCUAUUAGGUUGACAAACUUGCUCUAUUUUCCAGAUUUCCUGUGGGGGGGGCGGGCGUAAGAUAAAAUAAAAUCUGGAGGUCACUAUUUGCCUGUGCUUUUGAGUGGAAACGCUUAAUUUUUACCUUUCUCCAAAGCCAUGAGUGUUUGGUUUUGACCUCUGCCCAGAUGUAAAUGGAUGCAAUUUCUCUUUCUCCUGAGUGGAUUAGCCAAAAUCACAUCUUCUUUGCUGUAAAUGAUGAUUUUUAUCUUUUUUGUUUUGUUUUUAACUGAUUACCAUUAAUGUCCUUUCAAAGAGGCCAUUUUCAUGUUAGGAAGAGAUAAAUGGGAAGGGAGGGAUAACCCAGCGUGGUUGAAAGCAACUUUUUAUAUGGAAAACAAAAGAAAGGUCGGGAGAAAGAAACGAGGUAGAUUUUCUUUUCUUUUUUUGCUUUUCUGUGGUUUUAAUCUUCAUUUAUCUAAUGUCUGAAGAGCUAAGCAUCUCCCGAAAAUUCAGGCAAUGUAGUUCCGCAAAAGAGGAUUGCCCUUAACACCAUUAUACCAGUGGGUUGGUUUUGUGCUCAGGGAAGGGCCGUAGCUCAGGAUUUGAACAUCUGCUUUGCAUGUAGAAGGUCCCUGGUACGAUCCCUGGGGUCUCCAGAUAGGACUGGGAAAUAAGUCUGUCUGAAACCCUGGAGAGCUGCUGCCAGCCAGUAGGACUGGGCAGUAUAUUGAUAUAUUGUCCAAAACCGGUUUGAAGUUCACAUCGUGAUAACUGUUUCUUAUAAUAUUUGAGCUGGCAAUAUCACACGAAUCACAAUGUGUGUGAGGGCUAGGCGAUACCUGGUUUCCAACAUACCGUAUUUUUCGCUCUAUAAGACGCACCUAGUUUUUGGAGGAGGAAAACAAGAAAAAAAAUAUUCUGAAUCUCAGAAGCCAGAACAGCAAGAGGGAUCGCUGUGCAGUGAAAGCAGCAAUCCCUCCUGCUGUUCUGGCUUCUGGGAUAGCUGCGCAGCCUGUACUCGCUCCAUAAGACGCACGCACUUUCCCCCUUACUUUUUAGGAGGGAAAAAGUGAGUCUUAUAGAGCAAAAAAUAUGGUAAUCGGAAGCGGUGUUCUGCUUGUAGAGAAAAACAAGCACACCAGUUCUAAAGUUCAUGCAGUUCUCACGAUGACCAGUUGGGAUGGAAACCAUUCAGAGAGGGGAGGAACCCAAUGGAGCUGGUCUCUCAGCUGAGCCGACGGAGGGGCCCUGCUUCUCAUCUACCUCUGCCGCAGCAUGAUGAAUAUGUAUUGUCUGUUGACCGCUGGAGAAGCCCAAAGGAGCUGGUGUCUCUGUAGAGCCAACAAAAUGGCCCUGCUUUCCACCCAUCCCUCUCAAGACGCCAGGAGGUUCUUGCUGGGUGCAAGUCACUAUAUUUCAGCAAUGGACUUUGCAAGCCUCAGUGCUUGGAAUUUGCAGAAUGGAAGAGUUUAUUGGGACAGUGUUGUCUGGGGAGGAAGAUAGGGAAUCAUUCUGCUAACUUGGGAGCAAAUGGAACACCCCAGGUCCCCCCCCCUUCAUUGAAAAUAAAGGUCCUUGUGUCCGUGCAGACAACACGGUGCUUUUGGAGGGGACACUGAUGGACAAACAUAACUCAGGAUGGUCUGGGUCGCUUUGAAUGAGCCACACCAGGCUAACAGGUCCUCCUUCACCAGCUCUCUCUUCCCGUUCCAGGUUGCAAGUGGAUCGAAAGCGGGCACGGGUGGACGUUUGAGCCUGAAGAGGUCAGUCACCUGAUCACAUGGCAAGAUGGCCGCUGCAGCAGCCCCUUCCUGUCCUCACUGCCUCAGCCGCAGUCGCACCUCAGCGUGGCCACGGGCUUCGGCUGCGCCACAAUCUACUGGUACUUGAAAAACAGGUACUGCUGCCCCUUCCUGCUUCAGCUUCUGCAUCUUGCUUUGUCGCCUGCGAUUCCGUGAUGAUUUAUGUGCAGCCAGAGGCCAGGGUGGCCUUCCUGGUGGGUUCAGUCAUGGGGGAGAAGCAAUUGGGUGCAGCGGUGGGACUCAGACCAGGAAAGUUCACGGGCGACCUUGAGUCAGUUGCACAUUUGCUCUCUUGGCCUAACCUACUUCGCAGGGCUGUUCUGUGGAUCAGAAAUGUGGGUGGGGGAAAAAAUGCUUUGAGUUUCUUGGAGGAAGAGAGAGAGUUCUCUUUCAUUGUAUACAAGUCGCUUUUUCCACCCAGAGUCAGUCACAAAUUAAAAGGUGUAUUAACCAGCAGAUGCCCAGGUACAUCAACUUUUUGUUUGUAUGUUUAUUGGACAGCCCAGAUUUCCUGAAGCGUUAUGAUGCUGCCGGCACCAUCCAAGACUACGUUGUGGCCAUGCUAUGUGGCCAGGAAAAGCCACAGAUGUCUGUCCAGAACGCAGCCAGCUGGGGCUACUUCAACACCACCAGCAAAAGCUGGAAUAUGGACAUGUAAGUUAGCGCUGUGGACUAUUACAAAGCGGGGUGUGUGUGUCAUUAUUUAAUUUUUCGAUUCUGUGUGUUGGGAUACGAGAGAAGGGGGAAUGACUUUUCUUAGAUUCCCCCCUCACCCCCCACAACUCAAUUUUAUUUUUUUUUGUAAGUGAAUCAGGAGCAACUUCUCUAGCAAACCAGAAACGCCUUUCAUUUUUAAAAAUCCAACCCCUUGACGGACUGAAAACACUAUAUUCCCGACCAUCAUUCCCCCUCCACCCAGAAAAGCUGUGUUAGCUGCUGUUUGAAGUGGCCGGGUUUGCUCUUUUCAGGGACAGGCGUCUGAGGCCUCCAGCUGACUCCCCGAAGGGAAGAUUCUCACAUGCACAACCCUGCCAGGGAAGAUAGAAUCCGCUUCCUAAAUCCGACUCAAGGUUGCGGACAACUUGGGUUUGGCUUGUGUGUGUUUCCGGGGCUAACCUGGUGUGGCAACAGAAGCGUAUGGUGGCCGUGACAGGGUUGGGGUUGACCAAGGGGUGCUUGCUGGGUCUAACUGCUUGUGUGUGUUUUAAACUUUCUGAAGGGUUAACCCUUGGAGCGGUGUGUCCACACACAGCACUCUGCUUUUUAAGGACAGUAGAUCGAUUUAUCUAGCAUGUCUGUGCAUGUUUUUAAAGUACCACCCAUACAUUUUCUUAACAACAGCCCUGCAAGGUAGGUGCCAGGAUAAUCAGCCCCAUAUCGCUGGGGAAUGUGGGCAGGUGUUCCUAGACUUGCGCUGCUGUUGACAAGGAAAGCGGAUCUGGAACCCUUUGCGGGGAAGCCGUGACCUUCCAGAUUUUGUUGGCCUCCAACUCCCAUUGCCCCAGCCCAGGGGCAGCAUUGCCAGUGGUGGGCUUGGCCAGAGGCAAAAGCAGACGAAGCAACAAAUGUAAAUUUUAGCGUUUCUAUUCUCCAUCAGCGGGUGGCGCUGUGGGUUAAACUACAGAGCCUAGGACUUGCCAAUCAGAAGGUCGGCGGUUCGAAUCCCCGCAACAGGAUGAGCUCCCCUUGCUCGGUCCCUGCUCCUGCCAACCUAGCAGUUCGAAAGCAUGUCAAAGUGCAAGUAGAUAAAUAGGUACCACUCCGGCGGGAAGGUAAACGGCGUUUCCGUGCGCUGCUCUGGUUCGCCAGAAGCGGCUUAGUCAUGCUGGCCACAUGACCCGGAAGCUGUACGCCAGCUCCCUCAGCCAGUAAAGCGGGAUGAGCGCCGCAACCCCAGAGUCGGCCACAACUGGACCUAAUGGUCAGGGGUCCCUUUACCUUUAUUCUCCAUUAAAGCAAGCAAAAGGCACUAAUAGAGGUCAAGGACAUUUCCCAGCUUGGCAAAAACCCUCAGUGAGGAUACAAAGCAGGCCUGGUGAAGGUGUUGCCAGGGGAGAGGUUUGAGGGCCGGAAAGAGAGGCACGGAGGGCCGCAUUUGCUUCCUAGGCUUGAGGUUCCUAACUUUUCUGGUUUCUGGCUUCCACCAAGGGCCUCCCCUUCUACCUUCUCCCCCAUAAUUUGAGCAGUGAGUUGAUGCAACUGUAAUCUGCACGGCUGUGUUAGCCUGAGAUCCCUCCUUCCGCCUCGACUCCAAGCAUGUCCAGUAGCCGGGCCCUUCUCCUUCCAACCCGGACGGCUCCCCAUUGACCUCUGCCUCUGGUUUCAGCCUGAAAGAGUCCCACUUCCCCAUCCACCUGCUUCCUGAAGUGGUCCAGCCCGGAGAACUGGCUGGGGAGACCGCCUACGUGUGGCACCAGAUACCAAAGGGGACGGAAGUCGGGGCCGCCUUGGGGGACUUCCAGUGUUCAGUGUACUCCUGCAUGUCCGACAGCACAAAUGCAGGUAGGGGCGCAAAGCAGCCUUCUGGAAAUACAGUGGUACCUCGGGUUACAUACGCUUCAGGUUACAGACUCCGCUAACCCAGAAAUAGUACCUCGGGUUAAGAACUUUGUUUCAGGAUGAGAACAGAAAUCGUGCUCCGGCGGCAGCAGGAGGCCCCAUUAGCUAAAGUCGUACCUCAGGUUCAGAACCAUUUCAGGUUAAGAACGGACCUCCGGAACGAAUUAAGUUCUUAACCCGAGGUACCACUGUAAUUUAUUUGGAGCAGCUAUACCUGCUCUUUAGCAGAAAAGGCUCUCAGACCAGCUUACAUACAGUGAAAACAAGACAGUCCCUACUCUCAAACUUACAAUCUUAAAAAAAAUGAGAUGCAAGCAAAAAGGGAGAGGGAAGGAGGAGGAAAAUAAAAACACAGGUACCCAUUUCUAUACAGUAGAAGAAGAAGAAGAGUGCGGAUUUGCUAUCCCGCUUUAUCACUACCUGGAGGAGUCUCAAAGCGGCUAACAUUCUCCUUUCCCUUCCUCCCCCACAACAAACACUCUGUGAGGUGAGUGGGGCUGAGAGACUUCAGAGAGGUGUGACUGGCCCAAGGUCACCCAGCAGCUGCAUGUGGCAGGGAAGCGAACCUGGUUCACCAGAUUACGAGUCCACCACUCUUAACUACUACACCACACUGGCAACAGUAGCAGUAGUUGCUAUAAUGAUCAGCUGGCCCAGUUCAGGGGCAGGAGGUGCCUGAUGGAGGUUCCCCUCCCUCCAGGGAGUUUAUGGGGCCAUGCAGGACCCCUGUUGAAGCUCCCUUGUGGGUCCAGCCUCACCCGUUGAAGGCCAGUGUUACAUGCCUCUUUAAGCAGAAUUUGAGCCCAGCGGGUGUUUUCCAACUCUUGCCUUCCUCUCCCCCUCCUAGUCCUCAACAUCAGUACUUCUGCGCAACUCACCCUCCUGAUGCCUUCGGGCUUCCAGCCGGCUGAUUCGCCGAACCCUCGUUCCCCGUUGGCCUACUACCCGUACUUCAACAACACCUACCUGGUGGUGGCUGCUUCCCUCAACGGCGGCAAUGUGGUGGCGACGUUUGUGAACAUGCUCGUGCGGUGGAUGGCUGAGCUGGGUAAAGGAAGGGAUAAGACGGGGACCUCUCUUCUCCUUCUGCCUUUCAGUCAUUUGUGGUUUUUUGGGUUUUUAAAAAAUAAUUUAAUAUACAUUUUAUUAGUAUUUUCCACACAACAACAACACGAAAGAUAUCGAAAAAUAACAAUACACAACACACAAAAAUCAACAUUCAAAAACUAAAUAAAGCAACAACAACAACAACAACAAAAACCAAAUCCAUAUCUUACAAGUUAAUAUUAUAAACACUAAAACAACGACAACAAGACAUUGACUUCCACCAAUCCCACAGCACCUCCUUUAUCUCUCAUUGUGUCUUCCUGUUUUCCUGUUUUCUUUAUCAUCUCUAUCCUAACAUCUAGAUAUAAAUCCCUCUUUCAUAUCCUUUCGCUUCACAAGGUUAUUCCAGACUCAGCCAGAUUUCUGUUCUCGAACCUUGACUUUUGAGGUAUUUAUUUAGGUGCUCCCAUUCUUUUGGAAUGGGAGGGCCUUUCAGUCAUUUGAUCAGUCUUCCUCUCCCAACCCUUUUAAUCUCCUCCUGCAGGACUCCAAGUCCCAGAAUCGGAUCUCUACCCACGUAUAAUCAGCGCUGCCUUGGCCCAAACGGACACCGACCUCAACAUCUGCCCCACCAUCUUUGGAGAGAGGCACAUGCCGGAAAGGUUGGCCUCGGUGAUGGGGAUCGCGGCCUCCGACCUCUCCCUGGGCCAUGUGACUCGGGCGCUGUGCCAUGGCGUGGUCCAGAACCUGCACUCCAUGCUGCCUUCGCAGCACCUGAAGGAAGCUGGGGUCACGCGGAUCCUGGCCAGCGGGAGCGCCCUGGGCAAGAACGAGGUGAUGCGUCAGGAAGUGGAGAAGGCCUAUCCAUUUCCUGUGCUCUAUGGGAGAAAUGUGGAUUCAGCUGUGGGCGCCGCCUUGGCCAUGCUGCGCAGGAAGUGACCUUGGGGCUGCAAGAAAGCACUUCCUCUGGAAAGAGGGGUCGUGAACGCAUAGAGGGCCAAAAGUUGCGGGGCAGAGGGAGAAAGGGAAGGCGAGAGAGUAGGCACCCCCUACCCCGGAAUUAAAAUGCAGUGGAUUCAGAACGAUCCCAUCUGUCUACCCAAAAAUCAGAUCCUUCCUGGAGCUAUCUGCUCCCUGCACAUCCCUGGCAGUAGAGGGGUUAAUGCCGGCCUCAGACACCACUGAAAGUUUUUGGGGGAAGACUUUUGUUGCCCAUUCUGUACCCCCUCCCCUCCAAGUUAUAUACAGGCCGUUCUGUGUUUCCACUGCGAAAAGGAACCAGAUAUUUAUCCCUCUCUUUUUGCAGUCAUCUGCUAUUCUAUUAUAGGGACAGGGAAGUGAUGCCUUCAGAUCUCGCCAGACUCUUUGUUGGCGCCUGUGAUGGCAGCCAUGGGCCUUUGAGAGGUUCCUUCCUUUUGCAGAUCUUCAGGGUGGAUCAAACCCUGUGCAGCAGUACAUUCCAGAAUUAAAUCUGGGAGGUGGAGAACACACCCCCACACACCCCGGGUUUGUUAUUCCUCUUGCCUUUGGUAGCUUUUGGGGAGGGGGUUCCCAUACUGAAGAGGAACCCACCCACCCCCUUGCAUAUGAGAAGCAUUUCUGGUUUGUAGUGGCUGAAGAUGUCUCAGUGCAACAGGAAUAAGAAAACUCACCUGUGCUGAUUUUUAUGCUGUUGUUGUCCUUGCCUCUCUCUCCAGGCCACCUGCACUCGCUCAUGUCUCUCCAAGUGGGGAGGGAAAAUGGGGCUUGGAGCCACAAUAUGGGGGGAAGGAAGCAGUCAGAUGGAAACAACAGCCCAGAGGGAAGCUGUGUCUCUAAAAAUUCAGGGAUGGGGCAUCUAUAGCCCUCCAGUUUGGAUGGCAUUUGGAUACAUGUAAAUUUUGAAGCAUAGCUGUGUUUCGGUUCUCAUGCCAUUCCAGAAAGUGCGGGUUUGAUUGAUUUUGCAAUAAACGCACACCGAAUCAAAUCGCUCCAUCCCAGGGAGAGACCAGUGGUUUUCUCAACGCACCAGUGAUGCAAUCUACUAAUCUAACCCUAAACAUUUAAAAGCACCCUUUUCAGUGGCGGAUUGUCAAAACCAGCACCAUGUGUAUGUAAAUGUCAGGAUUGAAGUGAGAAAGGUUUUUGCUAAAAGGUCUGGCUCUGAGACCCUUAACGGUUUUCAAGGGGGUCCAUGAAUCUUGUCAACGUACGGAAACAGUUCUAGGUGUAAGAGGCUGGCUGAAAUGUCCUAAAUGAGCAGGUGCCAGUUUUUUAUUUUUGAUAUAUUUAUCAAAUGCAGCGUCCACAGGGUUGCACUUGUUUUAUCUCAAAUCAGAGAAGCACCAAACACAUCGCAAAAUGCAGCGGGAACACUUUUAAGAGUUUAAAGUGGGGGUUGGCACCUUUUGGCCCAGUGGCCAAAUGCAGCCCUCCAGGCCUUUGACAGGCCCUUGGCACUCCCUCCCUAGACCCCACCCCUUCUUUCCCAAGCAACACACCCCACCAGCUCUGCUAUUAACUCUUAAACUUCCUCUCCCCCCUCCCCCAAACUAGAAAUAUGUCCUUGCCCUCUGAUAAUGCCCUCUACUUGCCUGGAUGGAGCAUAGAGGGAGGUGGAGGUGGUUGUAGAAACUAGCCAUCUGUACAAAGGUGACAGUGGCAUUCACUGCUCUGCCCACCACUGGCACGUGGACCCCAGAAGGUCUGCUCAGAUGGGAGCAUGGUCUUCAGACACAAAAAGAUGCCCCAUCCCAGAACAGAGUAAUGCUUUGCCAGAUAGAUCAGUGGCUUGAUUCACGGCAAGGUAGCUUCCUGUGUGGAUAAUGGGCCUUGAAAACACAUCAGCAGUACUGAAACUCCCCUUUGAAGCACAGGUCGCUAACCUCCCCCCUUUCCCUCCACCAAUUUGAGCCUUCCAUCAAGAGAGCUUUGCGACAAAUGGUGCAUUUUCGUUGCUUUUUUAUUGCUGCCAUUAUCAUUUCUGCUCUCUGUCGUUUUUCCCGGUCGCUUUUUCUUUUUAAAUUACUUAUUCCGCAGAGGGCUCUUUGGAAGCGUGGCCUGCCUCGGAGGAAACAGCCGAGACACCAGUCUGGCUGCAGCAGUGGGGCUGGGCCAAUGCAAACGGGAAGAUGAGAUCAGAGUCUAAACGGCCCCAUUUUUCUCCUCCUUCGAAGGGAAGAGCUCUGGCUCAGUGGCAGAGCAUGUGCUCUGCGUGAAAGGGUCCCAGAUUCCACCCUUAAUGUCUCCAGGUGGGGUUGGGAAAGAGGACCCCAGCCUAAAAUUCGGGAAAGCUUCUGCCAGUCCCUGUAGGCUGUAUACUGUGUUAGGUGAUCUGGUUCAAUAGAAGGCAGCUGUUCCUGUUCAAUCAGUCUUUAGUUCAGAACCACGAGGACUCGAAUCUUGGCUUUAUUUUUUAACGGAAGAGCUGUAGCUUAGUGAUAGCGGUCCCAGGUUCAGAAGGGGUCUUGAGUUCAAUCCCUGGCAUCUCCUGGUAGGGGCUGGGAAUGUCCCCUGCCAGAAACCCCGGAGAGCCACACUGCCAGUCAGUGUGAGCAAUACUGGGACCAAUGGUAUGACACAGUAUGAUGCAUCUCCCUCUAGCUCCUGCAUUCCUCUUUCCUAGCUAAGGAUCAGAUUUUAAUGAUCGCUCAGUCCUGUAUACUACAGGUGGGGACACUUUUCAGACCAGCGGCCACCUUCCUUUCUGCACAGCCUUCUGGAGGCCAGAGGCGAAAGUAGGCAAAGCAAAGAAUGGAUACGGUAGGCUGCAAAGGAGUGUGGUUGUGCAGAAACCUGUGACUAUUCGAGCCCCAGAUGAUGGCUGCAAUUUAAAUGUAUUUUUUCCAUUGUCUCAGGAAAUGUGAAAUGUCUGCCACUAAACUGUAAGUGUGCUGGGGAGUGGGGAAUAAAAUCCCGAGCAAAGAUUUAUUUGAUUUGUUUGUUUGCAAAAAGCCUCUGGAGGACUCCUGGGAAUAGCAAUCGCUUCGGCUUUCCCGGGCCGAUUUCUCCAUUAUUGUAUCACUCAAGUCCGGGUUUGCGCUCCACAUCACCGCCGCCUGCUUAUUAAAAACGCCACUGUAUGGUCCAAUCUACAAACACAGAGAGAAACAGGCUUCUGAUAUCCCCCACCCCUCCAGCCAACGCCUAAAAAGAGGCGAUUUGGCUUCAGACGCUCUUGCAGGACGCGAAAAGUUUGCUGAGACGAGAAUCCGGUUGCAGAAGGAGGACCCUUUCGAGAGCUGUAAGUUCUGCGAUUUACUUUCCUAGGAAAGCUGGAAGCUGCUUUAUACAGAGUCAGACCAUGGGGGUGCAUACAGCUCAGUUCUGUCUGCACUGACUGGCAGCAUCUCUUCAGGGUUUCAGGCAAGGAGCAUUAUCCCUGGGUUGGAGUUUGGACCACGGACCUUCUGCAUGCAAAGCAGGCUCUCUGAGCUACAGCUCUUCCCCCUAAAAUUAAUCAAGGUUCUAGUCCUCAUGGUUGUGAAUUACGGGCUGAUUUAAAUAGGGACUCCAGAAGCUGUUUUAUAGAGAGAGGCCAUUGGUCCAUCUAGCUUCAGUGGCAGAAGCUCUCCAAGGUCUCAGCCUUACCUGGAGAUGCCGGGGAUCGAACUUGGGAUCUUCUGCAUGCAAAGCAGGUGUUCUGCCACUGAGCUACAGCUCUUCCCCUAAAAAUAAAUUGGGAUUCUAGUCCUCAUGGUUCUGAACACAGGUGUUCUGCCACUGAGCUAUGGUUGUUUGCUUGCUGUGCAUGCAGUGCUCAUGAAAUCCAGUUUGGAUAUGUCCUUUUCACUUCCAUCGGUUGCUACCAUCAGCUGCACCGUCCCAAUACUGUUAUUACAGUAUUGUUAUUACAAUUCUCAGUUCCUUACCCACCCACAUUCCCUGGCAACUUCACACCAGCCUGCAGUACUGGGGAUUAUAGUAUCUAGGCACCAGGCAAAACUACUUCUUUUUUCACCAGGUUACCUAUGGCAUUCUUGAGUGCUUGGGGUGUCUUAAUUCAGCUUUUUGAAAAUGGAAUUGUCUUUUAGAUUCCUUCAUGCUUUAUGCUGGUCUUAAUGGAUGUAUUUGUUUAUACUGUAAGUCACUUUGAGUUACAAUGGUAAAUAUAUAUAUAUAUUAUUAUUAAAUUUCUGUUUUACAUUUUAAAAUAUUCACUUAAACAACCUUAAAAUAUCAAUGACUUCCCUUCUUCUCUUUCCAUGGUAUAUUUUGCAUAUCAUAAAUGCCUGCAUAUUUUAUAUAAACUAAACCGUUCCGUAUUCCAUAAUAACAUCCAUCAAAAUUUAUUUACACUGUUGAAUUUAUCUUAAUGCUGCCCACGUUUUCAGAUAUACACAAUUUUACUACCUAUAUUCAAUAAACAUUUUCCAACCUUCUUU